AUGGCGGCUGUCACAGAUUCCGAUUCAGAGGUGUUCGAGAUCACAGAUUUCACCACCGCGUCUGACUGGGAAAGGUUUGUGUCCAGAGUUGAAGAAGUAUUAAAUGAAUGGAAGCUAAGUGGAAACUCAACUGGGAAGUCAUCCAAAGAAAGGGGUGAUUAUUCAAGUGGCACUUGGGAGGAGAGAUCUCAGGAGAUUAAUUUUGUUGAUUUUAAAUUCUCCAUAACCCACUAUGCAUUCGUGCAGGAACAUGAGAACAAUUCAAAUGAUGAAUUGGAGGAAGCUACCUUCCCCAUCGCAAUGCAGGACCUUUUGUGCACUUAUAAUGAUUUCCCUCCUAGAGCCCACUGCUUGGUCAGAUGGUAUGGGAUCCGAGAAUUUAUCGUCAUAUCCCCAGGAGCAAACGUUGAGGCUAUCAUCAGCGAGUCGAAAUGUAAUUUGCUUCUGAGCUCCAUUUCAGUUUCUCUGGUUAACAGUGGCUGCCAAGUGCCCAUGUUUGUACAGAUCCAGCAAAAGUGGAGGAGACUUUAUGCUGGGGAAUGCCAGGGACAUGGUGUCCACACUGAAUUUGAGAUGGUACACCUUCGUAAGGUGCCGAGUAAAUACAACCACCUGUCUGGCCUUCUUGACAUCUUCAAAUCAAAGACGGGAUAUACCGUACAUCCCUCACCUCCGAUCAACAUUGCUAUCCGUUUUACUUAUAUUCUUCAGGACUGGCAGCAGCACUCUUGGCCACUGCAGCCACCAGACUUUGACGACCUUCUUGGAGGUGAGGUGGGAGUGGAGGAAUUUGGGAAGCUUCCAUUUGGUGCAUGUGAAGAAACAAUCAGUGAGCUUCAUCUUUCUACCACUUGGCCUGAGUUGACGGAAGGCACAGUUUUGGACAAUGAUGUUUACAGUGACCUUGACCCUCUCCAUGCGCCUCACUGGUCACUACGUGUCAAGACAGUUGAACAUCCUCAGUGUUUACUUGGUGACUUAUUGAAAGAACUAUUUAAGCUUCGAGGGAGAAAGGAGACAACAGAAGAGAUUCUUGGAAGAGCAUCGGCUGAGGAGGAGGACAAAGAUGUUGGUGAUAUCAGCUCUGCUUUAUCAAAGCUAACGGAGCCCACUGCAACAGUGCCGAUGUCCAAACUCUCUGUUUCAAAUAUGGUGCAUAAUGCUCGAAGGCACAUUCAACGGCAUAGACAUACUGAUGGGUCUCCACUUGGAACAGAUAUACUUAAUUCCAUUCUUCAGUAUCUUUUUCCUGAUGCAGCUGUGGAUAAGACAUCAGAAAAUAAAACUGCACAACCAAAUACUGAUGCAAAGCCCUCAAAAAAUCAGAACACUGACGACCUUUUUAUUCAGCUGAAGUCUGCACCAGUUGAAAGUCUGACCUAUCGGCUGGCACUCUGCAUGUGUCUCGUCAAUUUCUACCACGGUGGGCUGCGUGCUGUCGCCUACCUUUGGCAGGAGUUUGUCCUAGAGUUGCGAUACCGCUGGGAGAACAGUUACAAAAUCUGUGGGUAUGAAGAUGAACCUCCUGAUCUUCGGUGUUGUCUUCUGCAUCAGAAGUUUCAGAUGCUGAACUGCUGCAUCAAGAGGAAGCAAGCCAGAGACCACAUUUCCAAGAAUCCUGAGACAAUCACAGAAAUUGCCAACCAGAACACCCGCCAACUGACUGAAUUUACUGCGGGAACGUCAUCAGGCCAUCAGGCUGUGUCACUUGGGAAAUCCGUUGACUCUUGGAGUGACAGUGAAGAAGAGUUCUUUGAAUGUUUGAGUGAUCAGGGGGACACACAGUCUACAUGUGCAAGAAGGGAAAAAGACAGCAGUAAAACGAGACCAGAGGGCAGGAUGCACCCCUACAACAACAUGACCCUUUUGAACUCUUCAGAGCUUCUCUUUAUUCCAGUGACACAAGAACCUGCUCCUAUGACCGAAGAUUUAUUAGAGGAGCAGUCAGAAAUACUUGCAAAACUGGGAACAUCAGCGGAAGGUGCCCAACUCCGUGCUCGGAUGCAAAGCGCCUGCCUUCUCUCUGACAUGGAGUCUUUUAAGGCAGCCAACCCAGGUUCAGUUCUUGAGGACUUUGUCCGCUGGUAUUCUCCAAGGGAUUUUUUAGAUAAGGAGACUGUGAACGAGAGCGGUCAAACAGUGGUUGAAGGCCACCUAAGUCCAAGGAUGAAGAUCCCUGGCAACAUAUGGGUUGAGACUUGGGAGAAUGCCAGGGCUGUACCAGCAAAUCGCCAGAGAAGGCUUUUUGAUGAUACCAAGGAAGCAGAAAAGGUCUUGCAUUUUUUGGAAGGGCAGAAACCUGCAGAUCUGACUUGCCAUCUCCUGCCAUGUAUAAUACAUGCUGCAAGUUUGAAGUUGAAAGAGGAAGAGGCAUUUGACAACAUACCAUCUGUCAAACACAACAUAGAGAAAGCUAUAGCUCAAGCAAGCAAGCUGCUGCAACAAAUCAAUCCUGACUACGGUAAUAUAGAGGAAUGCAUUGACUUUUUGAUUACUAUGGAGAUGGUCAUCGCCCAGUUUCGGUCUCUAAAGACAAAGCUUGGUAUUGCUGAAGCUGAGAAUGACGAGGAAAGGGAGGAAUUAAAACGUUUUCUUAACUCUCUGCUUGAAGAGCCGGAAGUUGUGGUGAAUGGAGCUGGUCAAUCAAAGAUUGGCGGCAUCAUCUACAGACUGUUCAUGAAUGUGCAAGACACUGCCUCCCUGGAUAAAGAAACUGGACAUAGAAAGCAAGGGGAAGAAAAGGAUCUCUUUGAAGUAGACAGCCAAACUCCUGACUUCCCUUUACCAGCAGGCCGGGAGAUUUUGUUGCGUACAUGUGUCCCUCGACCAGCACCAUAUUCCAAAGCGCUUCCUCAACGGCUUUUCUGUGUAUUGACGAGGGAUGAAUUUAGACUUGUAGGGGCCUUCUCCUCUGACACUUCUUUCUUUUAG